UUAUUUUUUAUUUUUAUUUAUUUCAAUAGACGUGCCUUCAACAAUAAAUAUUUAUUAUUUGUUGGCAAAAAAAUAACCACAAUGGAAUCUCACCCUUUGAAUUUGGCCCAUCAGCAACAUCGCCGUGCCGAAGCUCAUCUAAAAAGCAACAGAUAUGACGAAGCUAUGCAGUGCCACCACAACGCAGCUGAACUACUUUUAGAUGCCAUGAAAUCAACUGCCUCGUCAGUGGCCUUAGAGUCUAUCACAUUGCAACACAGCUACCAUCUUAAACAAAAGGAUCUCAUCAAAAGCAAAAAGGAACAAUAUGCGAGGGUCAAAAAAGCAAUGGAUAACCUUAAGCUUAUGGCAAAAGACCCUUUUAAUCUUCAAGGUAAUGAACACUCCAAAAUCCAAAUGGCAAUAUAUAGAACAAUAAAUGAGAAUGAGUCAUUAUUGAACAAAUUAUCAAAUACAAAGGAACAUAAUGAAUUAGUAAAGGAGCAUGUUAUAAGAGAUGUUACAGACAAAAAGAAAAUUGAUAAAUCACCGCAGAUUAUAGUGGAAGAGCUACAGAUAUUGAGUCAAGAUUUACGCUCACUGGUUGAGCAGUUAGUGUUUCAGGUUGAGGUGUUAAAAGAUGAGAACAUGACACUGAAAGAAAGAGUAAGUUAUUUGGAAAAAGAGAGAGUGAAAUACUUGAACAUACCCACUCCUGGAGGGGAAACAAUGUAUAAAAACUUCUCAACAAUAAGUAUUGGUGAAGAAGCUUUACCUAAAGACUCUAUUCCAGUGGCAAUUGUGCCUCCUCCAAGCAAAUUAAUUACAGCUACAGAACGGUUAAACCAAAAACCACAUUUUGAUCUUAGCGCUUUAAAAGACGAUUAAUAGUUUCUAAAACCUGACAUGAUUAUAACUUAUAAUGACAUGUCAAUGCACAGGAAUAUUUUAGACAAGCUUGUCAGCAAAUGUAAGCCUAUUUUAAGAUUGGUUAGAAAAAAUGUGUUUUAUUGUAAAUGAAUAGUUGCAUUCCUUUGUGCAUAUUUAUGGUCUUAUGGAAUGUUUUAAAUGUGUGCUCUCAUCAAAACGUUUUCUUUUUUUAGUACUUUAUAAGAACAAUCAUUACAUUUUUAUGUAUAACCUGCUUUUAUUUAGUUGUAAAUAGUAACAAAUAAACCCUUUGGUUUAAAGCCCUAGAAAUACUCAAGUCCUAGCCAUUAGAGUCGUAUUUCCAGUGCUUGAAAUCAUACUCAAGUCCUGACGUAAGCAUUGAGUAGAGUUCUGGAAUACGACCCUUAAAGUAAAAAGUAACCACUCACAGACAACGUAUUCACAGAGAGUUCCUUUUUCAAAUUUCUUAUUAGUUUUUUUAGUUUCUUUUACAUUGGCCAGUUCCAGGAACUUUUAGUAUGCCCCACACAUUGACCUAACAACAAAUGAACAUCGGGUCUAAUACAAAAACCACGAAAAAAAUGUCCGAGGUUAACCUAUACAAACAUGUAAGAAAAAACCAUGAAUUUUUUAUUUUUAAAUAACCAAUUUUGUGAGAGAGAU